UCCAACUUUUCUCAUAUCCAACAGCAAAACACAAGCUUAAACACAGAAAAGUAAACUAAAUUUCCCUAUUUUCUUAUUACAAAAGAGAAUGGCUUUCGCUUUGAGGUUCUUCACAUGCCUUGUUUUGACGGUGUGCAUAGUUGCAUCAGUAGAUGCAGCAAUCUCAUGUGGCACAGUGGCAAGUAGCUUGGUUCCAUGUGCCGGCUACCUAUCCAAAGGUGGGGUGGUGCCGCCUCCAUGCUGUGCGGGAGUCAAAAAGCUGAAUGGUAUGGCUCAAACCACACCGGACCGCCAACAAGCAUGCAAAUGUCUAAAGGCCGCUGCAAGGAGCAUCAACCCAAGUCUAGCCUCUAGCCUUCCUGGAAAGUGCGGUGUUAGCAUUCCCUAUCCCAUCUCCAUGAGCACUAACUGCGACACCGUCAAGUGAAGUGAGAACUCAUAACAUCAUCCUGAGGAUUAAGAGUGCUUGGUCUAGCAUAAGUAAAAUAAAAAGGGGUCUAUGUACGCUGACCUCAGCAUACCCUGCUUUGUCUUGUUUUUAUUUCGUUGUUGGAAAGUUCGUCAUGUUAUUUUGUAGUCUUUUGCUCUGUAUUGUAUCCUGAUUAUGGUUAUGAUAUGAUAAUAGUAGCUUACUUAUUUA